CCGAAAGACCAAGCAUGUAAAUAACUCGUGGGAUAUCGCUGAUUGCAAUUUACAAUUUUUGUUAAUUUUCUGUUUGAAUUACAUUUUAAGUAUAUAAAUUAAAUAACAAUGUUUACAGAAACAGAAACAGUAGAUGUAGAUAUGAAAAUAGAUACUGUACCCACUGAAGAUCUCAAGUUGCGCCCUAUUAACUGCGAACUAAACCCGUUAACACGUUCCGAUGGAUCGGCCUUAUUUACGCAAGGAGAUACCUGUGUCCUCUGCUCAAUGCUGGGACCAGUCGAAGUAAAGUCGCAGAAUCUGAAUAUAGAAAAGGCGUACGUGGAGUGUAUUUACCGGCCAAAAGCUGGCAUACCGACUAUAGAAGACAAAUUAAGGGAAAGUAUUAUACGCGAUACCUGCGAGUCGGCACUGUUAACCGUGUUGCAUCCUCGUACCACCAUUUCAAUACAAAUACAGGAGUUAGAUAAUCGAUGUGGUCUUGAAGCAUGUGCAAUAAAUGGCGCUUGCAUGGCUUUGCUCUCUGGUGGUGUGCCCAUGAAAUUUACCAUUGCUGCAGUACACUGUAUUGUAGACAAGGAUGACAAAGUAAUACUUGAUCCAGAUCAUUGUAAGGCGAUUGGAAAACGUGCUAGUUUUAUAUUUGUGUUUGAUAGUUUAGAAAAGAAUUUAGUAACGGUCCAUACGAGCGGUCGCUUUAAAAUGGCUGAAUUUAAUGAUGCAGAAUGUAUGAGCCGCGCAGCCAGUCAGAAAAUAUUCAAUUUUUACCGUCGUAUUAUAUCAAACUUCCACAAUAAAUCAUUACUUACUGCCGAUACUAAAGCACGAAAUACAGAAGCAGAACCAUUAGUCAAAGUGGAAACCAUGGAUUUAUAAAACUUUGGCCCACCUUAUUUAAAAUAAAGACAAAAUAAAAGGAUUUAAAAGUAACAAAUA